GGAGGAGAGCUAGUGACCUUCGGUUUGUGGAGCUGGUCAUCAACAUGUCUUUUCCUAAGGCGCCCCUGAAACGAUUCAAUGACCCUUCCGGUUGUGCACCGUCUCCAGGUGCUUAUGAUGUUAAAACUUCAGAAGUAUUAAAAGGACCAGUAUCAUUUCAGAAAUCACAAAGAUUUAAAAACAAAGAGUCUCAACAAAAUCUUAAUGUUGACAGAGAUACUACCUUGCCUGCUUCAGCAAGAAAAGUUAAGACUUUGGGAUUAAAGAAGGAAUCUCAAAAGAAUGAUAAAGAUUUGAAGAUACCAGAAAAAGAGAUUCGUGUUCUUGUGCAAGAACAUGGUGCUCAGGACAAGCAGAUCCAAGAUCUGGAAGCUGAGUUGGAGAAGGUGGAGGCCAAGCUAAAUGCUGCAGUCAGGGAGAAAACAUCUCUCUCCGCAAGUAAUGCUUCACUAGAAAAACAGCUUAUUGAGUUAACUAGAUCUAAUGAGCUACUUAAAUCAAAGUUUUCUGAAGAUAAUAACCAGAAGACUAUGAGAAUUCUAAGCCUUGAGUUAAUGAAACUUAGAAAUAAAGGAGAAACAAAGAUGAGGAAUAUGAUGGCUAAACAGGAAGGCAUGGAAGUGAAGCUGCAGGUCACUCAGAAGAAUCUGGAGGAGUCGGGGAAAAUAGCACAACUUGAGGGGAAACUUGUUUCAAUAGAGAAGGAAAAGACUGAUGAAAAAUCUGAAACAGAAAAACUCUUAGAAUACAUCGAAGAAAUUAGUUGUGCAUCAGAUCAAGUGGAGAAAUACAAGCUAGAUAUUGCCCAAUUAGAAGAAAAUUUGAAAGAGAAGAAUGAAGUUGUAAGCCUUAAGCAGUCUCUUGAGGAAAAUGUUGUUUUACUUUCUAAACAAGUAGAAGACCUGAAUGCUAAGUGUCAGCUACUCGAAAAAGAAAAAGAAGACCUUGUCAACAGGGAUAGAGUACGGGAUGAAACUCUAAAGUCUGAAAUGCAAAACUUAAAGGAGAAUCUUAUUCUUGAAAAACAGGAACAUGAAAAACUACGACAAAAAGAAUUACAGACUGAUUCACUUCUGCAACAAGAAAAGGAACUGUCCUCCAGUCUUCAACAGAAGCUACGUUCCUUUCAAGAGGAAAUGAUGAAAGAGAGGAAUCUCUUUGAGGAAGAAUUAAAGCAAGCACUGGAUGAGUUAGAUAAAUUACAGCAAAAAGAGGAACAAGCUGAAAGGCUAGUCAGACAGUUGGAAGAAAAAACAAAAUCUCGAGCUGCAGAACUGAAAUUCCUAGAAGAAAAGCUGAAAGGGAAAGAAGCUGAACUGGAAGAAAGUAAUGCUGCUCACAGUCAAGCCACUCUGCUUUUGCAGGAGAGCUAUCAUAGUAUAGUGCAAAGCCUUGGAGAUGCUACUGCUCAAUUUGAAAGUUAUAAAGCAUUUAUGGCUCGUGAGAUAGAAGAUCUUAAAUUGGAGAACUUGUCACUUCAGGAAAAAGUGACCAGGGCUGAGAAAAGUGCAGAAGAUACUCAACAUCAGAUAUUGGCAACUGAGAAUGCAAAUCAAGAAUACACAAGGAUGCUCCUGGAUCUGCAGACCAAAUCAGCACUUAAAGAAGCAGAAAUUAAAGAAAUAACAGUCUCUUCUCUUAAAACAAUAACUGAUUUGCAGAACCAACUCAAGCAAAAAGGUGAAGAGUUAAAGAAACAACUGGAAGAGGAAGAAGCAAGAAAAGGGAAAAAAAACACAGUGGCAGAGUUAACUGAGGAAAUGAAUAAGUGGUGUCUCCUUUAUGAAGAACUAUAUAAUAAAACAAAACCUUUUCAGCUACAACUGGAUGCAUUUGAAGCAGAGAAACAGGCUUUGUUGAAUGAACAUGGUGCUGCUCAGGAACAGCUAAAUAAACUAAGAGAUUCGUAUGCUAAAUUACUGGGUCAUCAAAAUCUAAAGCAAAAAAUCAAGCAUGUUGUGAAACUGAAAGAUGAAAAUAGCCAACUCAAAUCGGAGGUGUCAAAACUCCGCUCUCAGCUCGCUAAAAGAAAACAAAGUGAGGCAAAACUUCAGGAGGAAUUGAAUAAAGUUCUUGGUAUCAAACACUUUGAUCCUUCAAAGGCUUUUCUUUGUGAAAGCAAAGAAAAUUUUGCUCUCAAAACACCAUUGAAAGAAGGCAAUUCAAACUGCUAUUGAGCUCCUGUGGAGUUUCAAGAAUAA